AUGAAGGUGCGGGAAGUAGUAGCAUUAUUGCUACUAUUAGGAUUUUCACAAGCAUACAGAUUGAAUGUGCCUCGAGUUCUCUUACCAUACCAUCCUACUAUUCCUGUAGAGUUCCAUUUAGAAGUUAGUCAGCCCACAGGAGGAUGUUUUUACUGGAGAUCUACUAGACCAGAUAUUGUUUCUGUAACCCCUGUUGGUGUCCGUCCCGGAGAAUGCUCAGAUAAGGCAACUAUUAGAUCGACGGCUAAAAGCUUUGUUGGCGAACUUUCCGCUGUAAUUUUUGCUGAUGACAAAGUUUCUGGAACCACUUUGAGUUGUGGAGUAAGUGUAGAUCACGUUCAUGAAAUCAGAAUAGAAACAACUACAAAAGUUUUAUUCGUUGAUGCUGCUCCUGUACGAAUGAUAAUUGAUGCUUUCAAUAAAGAAGGUGACCAUUUCUCGACACUUAGCUCUAUGCCAAUUGAAUGGGAGUUAGUACAUAAUGGAGGCGAUCGCCCUCUUAGAAUUGUACCUUUCGAACAAUCUUCUUAUGAAGCUCCGUAUGAGAUCGUCGCUCUCGAAAAGCAGAAGAAAAAAGGAUAUAUGAUUUUACUUGAAGGAGUUAUAACCGGGUCUGCAAUCUUGAGCGCAAAGUUCAAUGACUUAUACCUCGAUGGAAUUGCUGCUCAUAAUCUUGAUUUGACUGUUGUCGCGAAUCUUCUAUUGAUUCCUUCAUACGACCUGUACAUUCCCGUUCAUUCAAUUGUUCCGUUCCAAGUUCUCAUAGUGAAACAACACAGCACAGAAGUUGUUCCUAUGCCUUCAUCAUCUUAUUAUUUACAAGUUGAUGAUUCAAAGAUUUGCGACUUGAAUGUGGAUUCUUCUUCAAUUCAUGCAUUAGUGAAAGGAAAAACUGAUAUUCAUCUUUUGAGCCAUAAUAUUGAUGUCAAAGCCAAAACUGGUGUACGUCCUCCGUUCACAUCUAUCAAUGUGGUUGAUCCCGAGUCUUUACAAUGGACAGUUUCCGGAGACAAUUGGAUUCUCCAGUCCGGAACUCAAUAUCAGCUCCAUGUUUCUUUGAUUGAUCCUCAUGGAAAUUCUAUGUAUAUUGGAGAUAAUCUAAGAUUCGACUCUAAAAUAAGCAAUGAGUAUUUCGAUAUUGUUUCUUCAUCAGUCAAUCAAAGUUACUUCUUAGUAACUCCGAAGAAAGUUGGAAAAACAACUUUGAAAAGCAAGUUCAUAUCUGUUAUUACCCGACAAGGCAAGGAAGAGCUUGUCUCUGGAAAAAUCCGUGGCGAACAGAACGUUCAUAUUGUGGAUCCUGUCAAAAUUGUCCCACCUUCAAUAAUUCUACCUUACCUUCCUCGUCUGAAAUCGCAAUAUACUUUGACCGCUACUGGUGGUAGUGGAUUGUAUGACUGGAGCAGUUCCGACUCAUCCAUCUGCACUGUCGAUGCAGGCCUAGGAAUGGUUACAAGUGGAGCUAUUGGAAAAACCACCGUUUCAGCUGUUGAUAGAAGAAACAAUGCUCAUUAUGACACUGCAGAGGUUGCCGUGCUUGACGUACUAUCUCUUUCAUUUGGAAAGACACGCAAAGAAGCGGAAGUAGGAUCAGUACUUGUGUUGAAUCUCCAACUUUUCGGUGCUGGCCCGAACGGAGCUGUUCCUUUCGAUGAUUGUCGUAAUAUUCAAUGGACAAUCCAAUCCGGCGACAAGAAAGUUUUCGAACCACUUCAAAGCAAGAGCGGUUUACCAGAUGUUGGAACCGGCUGUGCUACUGUUAGCUUGAGAGCUGUUUCUUCCGGAGAUACCAAAGUUACCGUUUCUUUUGAGAGCUAUCAUGCAUCUAUUGAUGUUUCCGCUUUCCCCAAACUAGAGCUUGCUGUUAACAAAUUAGCUCUUGCUGUUGGUAGUGAUCUAGAUGUUAAAUUCUCUGGUGGUCCUCGUCCGUGGAUUCUCGAGCCUGCAACUCAUAUGAAGCAAAUACUUCCAAGUGGAGGAAUAACUGCUGAUAUUAUUGAGAAUAUUAUCCGUUUGGAGUGUGGAAAAGAAGAAUCUUCAGUGUCUUUGAAACUCUCCGUGGGUAACAGUCCAUCAGACACUCUGCCAAUACCUGUGGUGUCCGAAAUUUUUGUUCCUAUUUGCUGUGCCAAACCAAACCGAAUUAUUGCUAGACCCGUCGUUGAUACUUCCUUGAACAAGUGUCAUUCUAAAUCCAGAGUUCUUCUCACGAGAUCUAACAUACGUCUCUCUCUUAAUGGUUACGGUACUUGUGAUGGUAGUGAUGUGUCCUUUGACUCUAUUUCCGGACUCGAGGUUAAAUGGAGUGCAGGAGAUUCCAGUAUUGCUCGUAUCGAUACUUCUAAAGAAGGAAAUUAUUUAUCUCCUGUUGUUUUUGCCAAUACUAAAACCGGAGAAGUUCCUAUCAAUGCCGAAGUUGCUUCUGCGAAACGUUAUGGAAAACUCCAAACUAUUCUUAAAACUAGUACAACUCUCAAGAUCGUUGAACGCGCUCACGCCGAUCCACCAUCUUUGGUGCUCUGGAAUGAAGGCUCCGCUAAAACUACUGUUGUCAUUUCCGGAGGUUCUGGAUACUUUACUAUAGCUCCUUCUACUGGAACUCCUUAUCAAGCUAGUAUUGCCGAGAACAAACUCAUCAUCGCUCCACAAACCCAAGGUUCUGGUGUCAUCCGAGUUAUUGACUCAUGUUUGUCUGAAUCUGACUUGGAUGUUCCAGUUAAAAUCAGUGAUAUUCAUUCUUUGGCGAUCACUGGACCUAAAUUCGUCGAAAUCGGUUCUGAAAUCAAAGUUACUGUCGAGCCAGCAGAUGAAACUGGGGCCACGUUCUCACGCUUCCAAGGAACUUUAUCAGAUUCUAAGCUUGAAUUCAGUAACUCCAUAUUGGAAGUUUCUAGAACCAGGGGACAUGAGUACACUCUACGAGCCAUUGCUGUAGGAGCCGUUUCUGUAUCUGCUUCUGCUAAGUCAUCUAGUGGCAGAAUGCUUCAUUCUCUUCCUCAUUCCCUCCAAGUGUUCUCUCCAAUUUCUCUGCACCCGAAAGUUGUCACUCUCAUUCCCGAAAGCACGUUCCAGCUUGAAGUGCGUGGCGGACCAAUUCCUACUCCACCCAUAUCCUUUGCUCUUAACAACUCGAAAAUCGCACAAGUUGAAACUAAUGCUCUGAUUACAUCUCAAAACCUCGGCUACACCUCUGUGACUGGAACUUUAUCUGUUGGAGAUGGUCAUAUCACAAAGGAUACUGUUACCGUUCAUGUCGUGUCUUUGAAAGGAAUACAAUUAGUUGCCAGCACCCAGAGAGCUGAGACUGGAAGCGUAGUUUGGGUUAGAGUUCAAGGACUAGACGAUGAAGAAACACCUUUCUCUUUUGGAGGAGCCCAUUAUCCUUUCACAAUCACCUGGAGCGUAAGUCACCCUGAUGUACUCCGUUCUGCUCAUCCAUUAGGUCCUGUUGUUGAAGAAUCAAACGAAAAUAAAUUUGCUGUUUGGUUUGAAGGAGUUUCAGCUGGAUCAGUAGUUAUUGAGGCUUCCGUUAGAUUAUCGCGAAAUGCUAAAAAUCAUUUUGUUGGAUCGAAUAAAAACUUCAAUGCUAAGAUAGAAAUCAAAGUAGAAGACCCACUAUCUCUCAGAAACCCAGCUAUACCUCACGGUGUGGUUCGAAUUGCACCAAACACUCAAAUACAGUUGGAAACAGCAUGGCCUCUUCCUUCUGUCGAGUUUUCCGUUCCUACACAAUUCCGAAAUACUAUAUCUAUAACUCCUAGUGGAUAUCUGAGAUCACAUGGUAAUGAAGGAUAUGCUGCUGUCGCAAUUAGACGAAAAGGAUCCAACGAUAAUGAAACAAGUCUAGUUCCCGUUGCUGUCAAUCGUAUACACUCUCUGGAUGUUACUUCUACAACUCCUUUGGCUACAUCAGAUGGAGGAAACAUAAUUUACUUACCUGUAGGAACAGUUUUGAAGCUAAACAUUCACUUCCGGGAUAGCAAAGGUCGAAUUCUUCAUGGGCUUGGCUCUAAUUUAGUGUACCGUCCUCACAGAUUUGAUUUAACUGAAGUAUCAGCUUCAUCAGACGGCAAAAUGCUUACAAUCAACAUGAAAUCCGCAGGAGAGACUGUUCUUAGAAUUUCUGAUUCUUCUUCAUCUUCCUUGUUCACAUUUGUUCGGUUGGCAGCAAGAGAAAAUCUUUUUCCAUCAACAGCUGUAUUUCAUGUAUCUGAUGUUAUUUGUUUACGCUCUCCGUUGGAAGGAAAAGUAACGUGGUCUUCACCUGACAGACACGUUCAAUGGAUCGACUCGGAAAAAGGUGUAGCAAAACUUCUCCAGGCAGGAACAACUCACAUAACUGCUAACUCGGCAGAUCAAUCCCUACAUGCUAAGUUGACCAUUGAACCAGCUAUUGAUCAUACCUUCUCUAAAAAUCGUCCUGAUAUGGUUUCGAACUAUAAUGGUGCUUCGUUCGUUUUCCCACUGAUAACUAAGAGUAACGCAAGUACUGAAUUUGAUUGCACACCGGAUCAACUCGAGGUACUUUCAUCCGUGUCCGCUCCUUUCGAGUGUAGUGUACUCUUUACCUCUUCGAAGUUACCUCCUGCAUUGAAUCUGCUAUCAGUUAAAGCCACCUACGUACCAAAAAUUGGUUAUGCAUGUGUUGUCGAGCCUCAAGUAGGAGGUGUAUCACAUGUGAAUGUAAUCGGCUCAGAGAAAGGAGAUUUAACAGUUGUUGCUAAAUUCAAUAGAGGAGAUCAGUUCUAUGAUGUGGCCACUCAUACUGUGUUCCAUUUAGCCAUGCAAGUUAUUAACUCAGAGAUUCAACUCUCUGAUGUGGACAGCAAAGCUACAGUAGUAUCAAUUCUUGUGCCAGCAUAUCAAGCAAGCUAUGUAGCUCUUUCUGGUUGUUCUGGAGAUCUUAUAACCAUCAGAGAAAUCGGAAAGCCAGUCAACGAUAAUUCUGUUGGAAACAAAUUCUUCAGUGUCAAGUUAAAUAUUAAAUCGGCUACUGUUUGGAACAACUUGCUCGAUAAAUGUGCUCUUACUGUAACAAAUAAGUUAACUGGACAGGAGAGCCAAAUUCCUGUCCGAGUUAAAUUAGUUGGAAAAGCUUCCAAGCAUGUUUACGAAGCUCUUGAAAGCAAUGGUUUCAUUGACUUUGUCCUCAUUUUCGUUCAACAUUACUCAUCUUGGAUUCCAACUCUAAUGGGAGUUUGUAUCAUACUGAUUCUAAGUAUCGGAGCCUACUGGUAUCUUUCACAUUUCUUGUGGGAGAAGCAAGGAGUUUUCCUGGACGAGACGAAUAGGACAUCAUCUCCUUCUUCUCCUGUUUCCCACAGAGCGUCUUUCCAGGAUUCAAUGAGCUUCUAUCGUGAGUCCCCACGAUACAAAUCAACCCCUGUAGUCAGUAGCCCACGCAUGGGGUCUUUAGGCGACUCUAAUCUUUGGAGCACAACAAGCCCAACCAAACGUAUUUUGUUGUUCGAUUUCCGUAAUUCCGGUGUUAUUUUGUUGGAUCAAAUCUCUUCACCCCCACCUACUUCUUACGUGUAUGAAACAUAUGCUGCGGCAAAACUCUAG